AUUGUACGUGUCCUACAGUUUCACACGUGGAGCGCAGUGCGACGCGGGCGGGCGGCCGGCACCUGCCACCGCGAUACCGUACCCUUUCUGGAGAUUUCUCGCCGCCCUUUUUAUCACCCACCUCGCGCCGCACUGUGUUCAUCCACUGAGCACUCGCACAAGCAGGGACAAGGAAGUGCACCGGCGGCGUCGCCAUCGAUCGAGUAGAUACUAGAUAGUGUGUCAGGUUGCUGUCAGCUAGAGCCAUGGCGUCCAUGCAGAAGAGCCGCGAGCAGCGCGCCCAGGCCGCGGCGCAGAAGGCGGCCGACGAGCUCCACGCGUCGAGGCAGGACAGAGUCCCCGAGGAGGCGCCCGUCAGCCCCCGCGGCGGCGGCGGCAUCCUGGGCAGCCUGCAGGAGGGGAAGGCGAACGCCAGGGGCGUGGCGGACGCCGCCAUGGGCAAGGCCAGCGAGACGAAGGACGCGGCGGCGGACAAGGCGGGUGGCGUCAGGGACGCGGCGGCGGACAGGACGGGAAAUAAUAAGGCGGGGGCCGCCGAGUCGGAGGAGGACGUGAUGCUAAGGGUGAAGGCGGCGGACCAGAUGACGGGGCAGGCGUUCAACGACGUCGGUACGAUGGGGGAGGAGGGCACCGGCGUUCCGCGGAGACGACGUUCUGGCUGAUGGCCGCUGGAUCGGAACUGGCCUGGCUGGCGCUGUGCUUCUCAUGUAAAAUUAGCAUGCAACGACAAAUGAAUGUUACAUAAGAAACUACAAUAAAUAAAAGGGUGUUUGGUUUGAGAAUU